CCGCAACGUCUUAUCAAAGCGCGUCCACCAGCACGCCGUCAGUGCACCAGCGAGCCGUGAGUGGUGGGCAGCCUCACCAACCGACAGCCGAGACACCGAGACAGGGCCACCUGCUGGCCCGACGUUCACCGUCCAUCUCCACGCGCUCAAGAUGGCGCAGUACGCGAUGCUGGCCACCUUGGUGCUGCUGCCGCUCGCCCGGGCCUGCUCGUGCCCGCCGGCACCCGCCGCCUCCGAGGUGUGCGGUUCGGACCACGUGACGUACCCCAGCCAGUGCGACUUGGAGUGCGCCGCCUGGUCCGAGUUCUCACUCCAUGGGUUGGCAGUCUGGAGGCAGCCGUCGGGCCUCUCGCUGAAGCACCCCGGCCCGUGCUCCCCCGCAGAGGUCGCCCUGGGCCGCCUCGUCGACGUCAACGACGCCACCCGGCCGACCGGCGGGCCCGCCCAACACCGGCCGCGGCAGCGGCGCUCGGCCACGGCCACCGAGGAGCUGCGCAAGGUGAACGAGUGCGCGGCCAGGCAGUGCCGCAAUGUGACCUGCAAGUCGUGGUGCGUUGAAGAGGGCCUGUGCGUCGACAUGUGCUACAUCAACUGCCUGUGCGCCUGCAACGCCCACCACCAUGGCGGCACCGACGCCGAACUAUGGUGGAAGUGUUUCGGCGAAAAGGGGGGGUGCGAGUACAAGCACGAGUCGUGCAAAGCGAGCUGCAAAGGGCAGCAGGAGUGUAAGAGCGCGUGCGAGGUGGAGAAGAGGGAGUGCGCCUGCCAGUGCGCGCAGGAGGCGCACAACAGCACGACCCACGACAUGAACAGCACCACCAGCAUCACCAGGUCCGUGACUAAUACAACCGAGGACGUGACCAGCACCACCAGCACCUGGAACUGGCGAAAGUACACGGCUUGUGUCGAGGAGAACCGCGAGUGCGGCCGCGGCGCCUACGGCUGGCUCCGCGAGUUGCGGCGGGAGAACUCGACGUGCACCUGCAUGGGGCUGCCUGGCGGCGACUUGGACUCGUACGGCCUGGUGGGGGAGUGCCUCGAGCGGGAGGACUGUCGCGGCCGGGAGGUCCGGUGCGAGGACGCGUGUGGGACGGAGGACUGCAGGGAUGCGUGCCGCCUGACCGAGCUCCGGUGCCGCUGCGGCUGCAACCACCGAGGACGAGCCAGCCUCCAGCACAACAUCACCAACGACGCCGAGGAGACCGACGAACAAAUCAAACCCGCACAAGACGCAAAAUAAAUUAACAUCUAAUAAAAUCUUAUUAAAAAUAUAUCUUGGAAGCAGAUGAUACAAA